GGCGGAGGCGGAAGUCCAAGAUGGCGAUGGACGGGAUGAUGUCCACGUCCCCGGGUCUGUCCUACCAAGCAGCGGGGGAUUUCUACCCCAGAAAGUUCGGUCCGAAGCCGGACGUGGUUCCGUCCGGCGUGACGGAGCGGAAAGUGAUCCCGCUGGAUAAACCGGACAUGGUGUCGGUGGACGUCAUAAACAUCAAAGAGCCGGAUGUUCCCAUGCACAGAAAGAAGCACGAGCAAGACACCUACGUCCUGGGAACCAUUCACCCGUUCAGGAAGACGCACCGCUCCAUGUUUGGGAAGCUGCUGCAGGAAUUCCGACUGGUCUCCUCAGACAGACGGUCGUGGAGGAUCCUGCUGUUCGGAGCGCUCAACCUGCUGUGUACCGGCUGUCUGCUGAUGUGGUGCAGCUCCACCAACAGCAUGGCUUUAACCGCCUACACAUAUCUCACCAUCUUCGACCUGUUCAGUUUGAUCACCUGUCUCAUCAGCUCCUGGGUGACCAUGAAGAAGCCCAGUCAGGUCUUCUCCUUUGGGUUUGAAAGAUUGGAGGUUUUGGCAGUUUUUGCCUCUACUGUCCUGGUCCAGCUGGGAGCUCUGUUCAUCCUGAAGGAGAGUGUGGAGCGCUUCGUGGAGCAGCCUGAGGUCCACACAGGUCGGCUGUUGGUCGGGACGUUCGUGGCUCUGUUCUUCAACCUUCUGACUCUGCUGUCCAUCAGGAACAAGCCGUUCGCCUACGUCUCAGAAGCUGCCAGCAGCAGUUGGCUCCAGGAGCACGUGGCCGACCUGAGCCGAAGCCUGUGUGGCAUCGUUCCGGGCCUCAGCAGCGUCCUUCUUCCUCGGAUGAACCCGUUUGUGCUGAUUAACCUGGCCGGAGCGCUCUCCCUCUGCGUCACCUACAUGCUCAUAGAAAUCAAUAACUACAACGCUGUGGACACGGCGUCGGCCGUCGCAAUCGCCCUCAUGACCUUCGGCACCAUGUACCCGAUGAGCGUGUACAGCGGCAAAGUGCUGCUGCAGACCACGCCGUCCCACGUCAUCGGACAGCUGGACAAGAUCCUCAGAGAGGUUUCCACUCUGGACGGGGUUCUGGAGGUCCGAAACGAGCACUUCUGGACCCUCGGUUUUGGAUCUUUGGCUGGCUCCGCCCACGUCCGCAUCCGCAGAGACGCCAACGAGCAGCUGGUUCUGGCCCACGUCACCAACCGGCUCCUGCCGCUCGUCUCCACGCUGACCGUUCAGAUCUUUAAGGACGACUGGACCCGGCCGCUGCUGAGCGGCGUGCUCUCCUCGCCGGCCGUCACGCCUCCCACCGAGGCCUACGCCUCCUCUUUCCCCUCUGCUCCAGGAGGAGGAGACUUCGACCCGCUGACCUCCACGCCCUCCAAACCCAGCAGCCCGCCUCCAGAGUUCUCCUUCGACACGCCGGGCCGGAACGUGCAGGCGCUGGUUCUCCCGGCGCCGUACGGAGGGAUGGGGCUCGCCUACGGGGCGCCGCCGUACGCGGGCCUCCUCGGCCAGGGCCUGCCACGGCCCCGGGAGGGGCAGGGGCUGGGGCCCAGAUUUGGACUCCCCUCAUCUCAGAGCUACAGGACUGCCUUUUUAGGCUCAACAGCGCCGCUCCGGUUUGGAACCAGCAACCCCGUCCACCCUCAGUCCCAGUACAGACAUUACCACCCCUGAGUGAGAACAAACGGCUGAAUCUUUACGGUAGACGGUCGGUGGCCAUAAAAACCAGCCCAUAUUUAUUCAGAGGAAACGGGGCCAAGAACAUUUAGCGUGAUAUUAGCUUUAUUUGGGAACAUGCUAACGGGAAGGACUGGGAGCUCUGGUUGUACGACAGAGAAACCAAACUGGGUUUGACUGUAACGUUGGAAACAUUGAUGAAAAACGCUGCAGUGAAAAUAAAACCUUUUUGUUUUGAAUGAAGUGAUGAAGACCUCCCAUGGUGCCGCUGCCUGAUGAGGAGGAAUAACGGUCGACUGAAAUAAAAAAGGAAAAUGUUCCAUUAAAGGAGCCUUUAAUAUCCAGUAAAUGCCUCACGCUGCGUUCAAAGGCUCUCAGAUUAAAUCACCUCGCCUUAUUAUGUCUGAUUUCUGGGUUCGACACCUUUGUUAGUAGAUUUAAUACAUUUUCCAUAUUUAUCAUUUUAAGAUCACAUAAACAGAGUUAUGAUGUGGUUUAUGUGUGCAGGAAGUAAACAAGGACGUAAUGGAGCCAAACAGGAAAGCAGCUCCUAACAGACGUCUGGAAAAAAGAAAGAUCCAAAGUCCAGAUCUGGUUUGAGUCGCUGUCACAAUAUGAACGCUGAAGGUUAUUGAAGCAGGAGGUAAAGCUUCAUUAGCUAAACUAAAGGAUGAAGGAAUAAUGGAGAAAUGAUUUAAAGAUGAACACCUGAUGUGAAAAACUAUAAUUUAACAUUAAAAUCUAUCUAAACUGUGUUUACAUAGAAAUAAAUAGCAAAAAAAGAACAGUUUGGACUUUAGCAGAAAUGCACCCACAGAAUUGAUG